GCUUCAUGCCCCCCGUACCCCCGGCCCCCGAGGUUCAGUACUCACAGCUACGGUAGAGCCAAGGUGAGAGGACAAUGUCACAGAAUCAGACGGGGUAGUCUACUUUUUUUUUGUGCCUCCCUCAAGCUUGCGCCUUUUUUUUAUCGACUGGCUGGACCUCUUGGCUUACUUGAACCUCUCCAUCCCCGUUACCUAACUUAACCUACUUUUUCCUCCCCUCCACUCUAUCCUAUCCCUCAUAUACCUCACCUCUUCCCUCCGGCAUCUCCGCCUCUUGUUCCUGCUCUUGCUUUUGCACUCGUAUCUUCUUCGUCUGCAUAAUUACCUCUCACAAUGGCUUCUGUCGCCCGUCUCAGCAACGCUGCCCUGCGGGCUUCUCUCCGCUCUUCUCCUAUCAAUGGCUCUGUCUUCAACGCCGUUCGAUGCUAUUCGGCCAAGACUCAGACCUUGAAGGAGCGAUUCGCCGAGUUGCUGCCCGAGAAGAUUGAGCAGGUCAAGGCCCUCCGAAAGGAGCAUGGUUCCAAGGUCGUCGACAAGGUCACUCUUGACCAGGUCUACGGUGGUGCCCGUGGCAUCAAGGCCCUCGUCUGGGAGGGUUCCGUCCUCGACUCUGAGGAGGGUAUCCGAUUCCGUGGCAAGACCAUCCCUGAGUGCCAGGAGCUUCUUCCCAAGGCUCCCGGUGGCAAGGAGCCUCUUCCCGAGGGUCUCUUUUGGCUUCUCCUGACGGGCGAGGUUCCUACUGAGCAGCAGGUUCGCGACCUCUCCGCUGAGUGGGCUGCCCGCUCCGAUCUUCCCAAGUUCGUCGAGGAGCUCAUCGACCACUGCCCUACCGACCUUCACCCCAUGGCCCAGUUCUCUCUGGCUGUCACCGCUCUCGAGCACACCUCCAGCUUCGCCAAGGCUUACGCCAAGGGUAUCAACAAGAAGGAGUACUGGGGUUACACUUUCGAGGACUCCAUGGACCUCAUUGCUAAGCUCCCCAACAUCGCUUCUCGCAUCUACCAGAACGUCUUCAAGGGCGGAAAGGUCGCUCCCAUCCAGAAGGACAAGGAUUACUCCUUCAACUUCGCCAACCAGCUCGGCUUCGCCGACAACGCCGACUUCGUCGAGCUCAUGCGUCUCUACCUCACCAUCCACACCGAUCACGAGGGUGGUAACGUCUCUGCCCACACCACUCACCUUGUCGGCAGUGCUCUCAGCUCUCCCUUCCUCUCUUUGGCCGCUGGUCUCAAUGGUCUCGCCGGUCCCCUCCACGGUCUUGCUAACCAGGAGGUCCUGAACUGGCUCACUGAGUUCAAGAAGUCUGUCGGCGACGACCUCAGCGACAAGGCCAUCACUGACUACCUCUGGUCCACCCUCAACGCCGGCCGUGUCGUCCCCGGUUACGGCCACGCCGUCCUCCGAAAGACUGACCCUCGUUACAUGGCUCAGCGUGCUUUCGCCCAGGAGAAGAUGCCCAACGACCCCAUGUUCAAGCUCGUCUCCCAGGUUUACAAGAUCGCUCCUGGUGUCCUCACCGAGCACGGCAAGACCAAGAACCCUUACCCUAACGUCGAUGCCCACUCCGGUGUCCUUCUCCAGUACUACGGUCUUACUGAGGCCAACUACUACACCGUCCUCUUUGGUGUCUCUCGCGCCAUCGGUGUUCUUCCCCAGCUUAUCAUCGACCGCGCUCUCGGUGCCCCCAUUGAGCGACCCAAGUCUUUCUCCACCGACAAGUGGGCCGAGCUCGUCAAGAAGCUGUAAGGAGUUUAAAAGUGGAAGGGAAAAAGGAGAUGGGAGGAUAAUGCCCAGCAGAUGGGCAGAAUGGAUUGCCAAGCUAAUGGCAUUUGUACAACACAAUGGGACUGUUUUAGUUUAGUAAUGAGCAAGUCGUCGCGGCGCGCCGAUUGAAAUGAAAUGAUUUAACAGUUAAUCUGCAAUUUUCGUGUCUACGUACUGAUGCC